UGCCAGCAAUCCAACCAGCAUCCCCACCCAGCAUUCCAGAUCUCCGCGCUCCCAGAACACACUGAGAAUGACGAAAUCUGCUUCGCGACAGAAGGCAAACAACGCCAACGAUAGCAAGAAUGCGACUAUCACGUCGACGGCGAACGCACCUGUGAACCCGGCCGACACUAAAUCUACCAAUAAAAACCCGAACGUCGUUCAGAAUGCCAAUGCAAACACCAACAAGACUGCAAACAAGAACUUCGGCAAGAUUAUCGCACUCACCGACGUGACUCCAGCGAGCGUUCAACAAGCUCGCCAGAUCCGGAAGACAGACUUCGAGCGCUUCCAGAAGUUCCACAACUUCUUUAUUGCCAAUGAAGAACCGACGGCGCGUGUGAUCAACAGCAAGGCCAACACUAAACGCGAGCAGGUGGAUCAGUGGCUUGCCGGCGCCGUAAAUCCGAAGACGCUUGCGUGUAUCCAGGAGAUCCAGGAAACCCAACCGGGGCUACUAGAACUGCUGGUCGUGUCGGCCGCGCUCACCAAAUACGGCGAGAAGGAGCUGGCUCGCAGGGAUGACCUAGGCGAGAUGGACUACGUGGUUGGUGCUCGCUUCGGUACGAACGGAUUGCGCUCGAAGCAGCAUGUGCAGCACACUGUGGGUAUGAGCUUCGUGCUGCGCUUGGUGCUCGACCUGGCGCCGGAGAAACGUGCUGGAUGUGAGAUCCUGCGUGAGAUCCUGAGCCACCAGAGCAACGGACAGCUUGUACUAAACCCGACGGCUAACGGUCUGCAUUCGGCAUUACUUGGUGCUGGUACAGACUCAGAUGACUGGUCCAAGCACAAGCAAGACCAGCUCCGUCAAAUGGCGAACCAGGCUCAGUCCGACAAGUUCCAAGAGGCCAUGCAGCAGAUCGGCGGCGAGCACCUGUACGACGCGAUCCGUACCCAGUUAAAACAGGCCGGUGGUGCGUCUGUGUGGAAUGCCGCUAAGGACAAGCCUGCUCUCCAGGCGAAGAACAUUCGUUCGCGCGAGGGAUCGGCUGACAAGAACACCAAAUCGAAAAAGGGGGCCGAUCAUAAACAACAGAAGCAGCCUGCGAAGAAGAAUGGCACUUCUCAAGUGCAGAGCGUGAAGAAACAUCUACCAGUUGAGGUUGAGAAGGUGAUGCUAGUUCCUCCACCGGCUCCAGUAGUCGUGAAAUCCGCCACAGCUUCUACGACGAAGAAGGAAGAUGGUAAGAAAAACUCGAAGAAGGGGAAAAAUGCGGCUCCGGAGAAGAAUGUCGCCCCUGUUAAGAACACCACUACGGAGAAGAAUGUGUCGACUACUGCACAGAAACCUGGUGCCAUCAUGAGUAGUGCACGCGACGGUCGAGCGGUCACUUUCCCAGCUGAUGUGUUCAAGGACCCUGUACUGGCAGAGAAGGAGGCUGCUUCAGACUCCAUAACUAACAAUGCCAAACCUUUCGACGAACGACGUUGA